CACGCACAUGAUUGCAUGAAAGCGAGCAGCAGGCGUUGAUGAAAGCGUGCAGAGAAGAUCUGUGGAUGGCGCGCCACAGCAGACAUGGACGAGGAGUGGAACAUCUCAAUGGCCGGCUGUGGUUUCAGUAGCGUCUACUACUUGGGAGCGCUGGCCUGCAUCUUGGAGAGAGCGCCCCGCUUGGUCCACGGAGCUUCCAGAAUCUGCGGUGCGUCGUCCGGAUGCCUCGUGGCCGCCGCGUUGACCGUCGGCCUUCCCGUCGAACAUUUGUGUGUGGACGUGUUGCGCGCGGCCAAGGAGGCCAGAAGACAUCACCUGAGCGUCUUCCACCCCAACUUCAGUCUCCUGAGGACGGUGAGGGACUCUCUGCAGGAGAAGCUUCCACAAGACGCCCACCUGAGAGCCUCCGGGAGACUUUGUGUGUCCCUCACCAGGAUGUCCAACUGGAAGAACGUCCUGGUGUCUCAGUUUGACAGCAGAGAAGAACUCAUCCAGGUGUUGAUGUGUAGCUGCUUUUUCCCCAUCUACUGUGGCUUCGUGCCACCUUUAUAUCGUGGAGAGCUUUUCAUGGACGGCGCCCUGAGCAACAACAUGCCGCUGUUCGAGCAGCGCAACACCAUCACUUUGGCGCCCUUCUGCAGCGAGAGCGACAUCUGUCCCAAAGACGGCGCCUUCACUUGCGUGUCCGUGCACUACGCCAACCUCAGCAUCCAAGUGACCACGGGCAACGUGCACCGCAUCUGCACGUCCUUCCUGCCCCCCGCGUUCGAGGAGCUGGCGGACAUCUUUCAAGGCGGCUACGCGGACGCCCUCCGGUUCCUCAUACGAGGAGAUCUGCUCGGACCAUCUUCCUGGCAGGACAAGGGGGACAGUCUAAAGUCGGCUGAGGGACUACAGGAGGACAUUCCACUCAGCUCCAAGAAAGCCAUGUGUGCAGGGUGGAGAGAGGCGGGUCUCGUUGGCGCCGGUCCGUCUUGGCAACUCAGAAUUUGGUUCUGUCUGCUGACUCCACUUGUGUUGGGUGCGGAGUUGAUCUUCUUCCUCAUCAAAAGCCUGCUGAUGACCACCAACAAUCUGAUUGGGCUGCGGAGAUCACGACCACGACGACAAGCUGAACUGCAACCACUUGAGGAAGCCCCUACCCGUCCGCUACGUCGCCAAGAAGGUGGCGAUUAGGGGUGGUUUGGGUCCAUCGCGGCGUGCUCACCAACUUGGGCGUGCUGAAAAGACUGUGUGCGUAUGGAAGAGUGCAAAAUGAAACACAGAUAUUAGCCUGUUUCAAGUAAUACGCUGACCCCCACUGGUCGGGAGUGUAAAGUACAAGACUGAGUCCCCGUUUAAAAAAAAAAGGACAGUGGGAAAAAGUCCUCGUCCCUGAUUGGACGUCGGUAAAAACCACCGCCGUCGCUGUGAAGAACAAAGAAAAAUCUAAAAGGAUGCAGAAAGAAGAUUCUGCAAGACGCCUACCAAGUCUAUCUAAGCGCGGACAUGUACGCUAAUGGUUUUCCAGACGGAAAAACGGCAGUGGAGCCUCACUAAUGUCUUUUCUUCCUCACGCGGCGCCGUCUUUCGCUCCUCCACUGAUGUCUGGAAUCUCGUCGGCAAAAGACUGCGACAUCCACUGUCCGUCAGGGAGUUGACCUUCCGGGGUCUGCGACGUGCUCGCCUCCUGUGCUCGGUCUGUCGAGCGGGACACACAAAUAUUACUCCUUUAUUACCAAACGAUCUGAACUUUGACCGUCUGUGUUCAGGUGCGUGUGCUCACCUGUGUUUUCACUAGGGGAGAAGGUACAGUGACCGUUGGCCUGACUUUGGUCUCCUUCACCUCCGGGCUGCGCGUACGCUCCGCCGUAGGCGUCCUCGUAGCCUGGAUCGUACUGCUCCUCCUUGAUGGCGAGCCUCUUGGCGUCCUCUGUGAACACACAGGGAAGUGUCAAGUAAACACAGCAUUUUCAUCAUCAUCAUCAUCAUUCAUACCCUUGGCCAGACUCAAGUCAAAGGAGUAGUGGACCUCCUCGAUCUCCCUGGGCUUGGCCGCGCCUCUCAGCUGGUCUCGGAGUUCCCGCAGCUUGAUGUAGAAGUGCACUUUGUCCUGAGCGCGUGGGAACUGCGCACAGCGAGCGCUGGAUGAAGGCAUCAGGUACAGAGCCUGAGAGCAAGAGGGACGUUUCACUACUGCUUGGUUGUCCUUUCAUUGAAAUGGGUUCAGCUUUUCAUGAACCACGCAUGCGUGCACACAGUAUUAUAUUCAGUGAAGAAGAAGAUGUUUGUGGUAUUUUGCUUUGAAAAGUUUGGUGCUUUUAUAGGCCCCGACCGAAUUCUGUCGGUACUGGCGUGUAUCGAGUCACGUAAAAUCCAACCGUGCCGAAUUCCAAUACCUUUGUUGCAUGUGACAAAACAUCCGAUUUAAGACGUGCAGACUAAACAGUGGCUCACGUAAACGAUCAGUACAACUCCCUCGAAUGUUGCAAUUUUUUAACGCCAAACAAAGCAAGUAUGCCUGGUAAAAAAAAAGGCUCAAAUGUGAAGUAAGGCUCCACUCUUGCUAUAUGCGCCAGCUUGACGCCAAUUUACAUUGGAUUUACUGUAGACACGUUACUAUUAGCAAUCUUAUAUGGCGAUUUCAACACCUCCAAAUCUGGUAAUGAAAACUACAACUCAGAUGAAUGUUACAAUCAAACAGCUGGUUUGUAAUAAGCACAAUACUUACAGUACCAACACUUUGUAGGGCGCAACAUAACACAUUUCAGCUUCAUGGAAAAAGCCACUUCCUUUUUAGACAACAUACCAUACAUAGCCUAUACAUUACUGCCAUUUAGCACUGUUAUUAUAAUCAGAUAUUUUUUUAAUUUUACAAACAAAAAAAAAUCUUCUUUCAUCGAAAUAUGGCACCGUUUUAUUUUAAUUGAAUCGAUAACUGGUGGUACUGACAGAAUUCGGUCAAUGCCUAUAAAAGUACAGAGUAAGGUACUAAUCCCUAUCUGUGAUAGUCACAUGACUGUCACAUGACAACCCCUCCUACAUGCUUCCUGGUCGUCAUUUAGGCCCUAAAUGAGUGUAUAUUGUACGUAAAAUUACAUUAUUAUAUAUUAUAUUAUAUACCUUUAUUAUGGUUGAUACAGAAAUAUUGAGCGCAUGUACACACGUGUUUGUCAAAUUGAUGGCGUUUGCUCACCACUUCGCAGUCGGGGAUCUUGUGAGGCUGCAAACCAAAAUCAAGCUUCUUUGGUUUCUUACCAAAUAGUUCUCGACAAAACAUUUCAUAUAUGCCUGUGAGGACGGAAAAAAACAACAACAUGAUUAAAUCUCCUCUUCAGUACGCCCAUAAAUAGAUAGGUAUUGCUUACAUUUGCCGUUGAAGACGGCGAUAAGAGGUUUGAAUUUCUUAAGCUUCUCGACUAGAAUUGUGCCUCCUUCGCGCAGCUCUUUGCUGUAGGGACAAAAAAAACAAACUGUUCAAGCAAUAAGGAAUAAAAUGCUCAAUGAACAAAAAAAUAUUGUUGGGACGCUGUUUACGUUGAGAGGUCUUUGCUGCCCGGCGUCGCCCUGGCAACCAUGUUGGUGAAGCCCAUCUUGUACUUGCCCGGCAAAGCUGUGUCGUGCAUGUGGUUGAGCUGCACUUCAGUGAAUCCCGACAGGAAGAGACAUUUCC